AACUUGAAUCAUUCCUAGGGGAGUCUUCACCUAUAAAACCAUAGAUCCAAUUGUUUCAAUUCUUUUUGUCAAGAAAAAAAGAAAGGUGUUGAAUCCCAAAAACCAAGAGGAAAAGGGGGAUUUUUUUGCAAGAAAUAAAAAAUCUCAACAGGAGAGGCCGAGGAGGAGGAGGUUGAUAACUACUCCGUCAUUUUCACGUUUUAUUUGCUUUCUUUCCUUAUUUCUUUCUUGGAAGUCUCAAGCUGAUAUAGGGGAUCGAAGAAGAAAGAGUUUAAAGAUCAGAAGAAGAGGAAGAAGAACAUGGUCGAGACACGACGAAGCACAUCUUCGUCCAAACGCCCUCCUUCUUCUCGAUCCUCACCUCUGCCAAAUGGAAAACGACCCAAGGCGGGAGAGGCUUCGUCUUCAACUAAUGACUCGACUGGGGAUAAAUCGCACCUCGUUGCGAAUGAAUCAGGACCCGAAUCCGCUGGAGUGGAGGUUAGAUCGGCUGAAGCUAAUGUUUUGAAAUCAGCUGAUGCAGCCGAGCUGGAGAAGUUGCCGGUCCUUCCAGGUGGAGGGAGUUCUGCGAGUGAUGCCGACAAGGCGAAGUCAUCUGUGCCUACAUUACAUCGGGGAAGGAAGCGGGAGCUGGCAUAUAGUAGUGGAGCCCCAUGGGGAAAGCUUCUGUCACAGUCAUCCCAGACUUCUCAUGUUCUCAUGCAUCACACUACUUUUACGGUUGGCCAAGACCACCAGUGUGACUUGCGGCUAGAAGAUGCAUCUGUUAGUAAGUCCUUAUGUAACCUGAAACACUACGAGACAAAGAGAGGUAUUUCCGGCAAUUUACUUGAGAUAAAUGGGAAAAGGGGUUCUGUGCAAGUAAAUGGAAAGAUCUUCCAAAAGAAUACCACUAUACCACUGAAUGCAGGCGAUGAAGUGGUUUUUGGUUCAUCUGGCAAGCAUGUUUAUAUUUUCCAACAACUAGAAAACGAGAAAGUGUCUGCUGCAAGCACACCACAUUCGGUGAGCAUAUUAGAAGCCAAUAGCGGGCCAUUGAAAGGAGUUCCUUUUGAGGAAAGAGCAGGGGAACAUUCAACUGUAGCCGUUGCGUCUACCUUAGCUUCGUUAGCAAAUCUUAAGAAGGAGUUAUCACUUCUUCCCCCAUCAGUCAAUAAGAACAUAGAUGUAAAAAAAGCAGCUGAAAUACCAAUACUACCAGCUGCUAGUGUAGUGCUUGAUAAAGAUGAUGCCGUCGCUGGUAUGAAGGAUGCUUCUGAGAAUAAUGAUGUAUCCCUUGUUGAGAAGACUGGUACUGUGACUCCUGAUUCUGGGAAUGACAACCUGAAUCUCGAGAAUGAUGCACUAGAUUGCAUUGAUGCAGAAAAAUGGAAGUUGCCUGGGGCAACUGCAGAUUUUAGCCCACUCUUGCGAAUAUUUCCUGAGUUUUCAGUAAGAGAUAGCUCAUCCAAAGGUCCUCCUCUUGAUCAAAGGGGAAAGAGAGAAGCCAAGGAUUUUGAUCCUCCUGCUUUGCUCUCAGCUAGGCGCCAAGAAUUCAAACAUGUGCUUCAGCAAGCAGUGAUUGAUCCUAAGAAUAUUGAUAUCUCAUUCGAAAAUUUCUCAUAUUACCUAAGUGAAACAACGAAGAGUGUCUUGAUUGCUUCAACUUACAUAAAUUUGAAGUGCAACAAACUUACAAAGUACACAUCCGAUCUCCCCACAUUAUGCCCAAGGAUUUUGUUAUCAGGCCCUGCAGGCUCUGAAAUCUAUCAAGAAGCAUUGACCAAGGCACUUGCUAAAAGUUUUGGUGCAAGGCUCCUAAUAAUGGAUUCUCUUCUAUUGCCGGGUGGGCCAGUAGCAAAAGAAGUUGUUGCUAGCAAAGAAAAAACAAAACUUGAUUGGGCUCGAUAUGUUAUUAAACGGGCUGCACAGGCAGCUGCACUUCACCUAAAUAAAAAGCCAACCUCAAGUGUUGAGGCUGAUAUAACUGGGGGUUCGACAGUAAGCUCUUAUGCUCCUCCUAAGCAGGAGGCUUCUACCGCCACAUCAAAGAACUAUACAUUCAAGAAAGGUGAUAGAGUGAAGUAUGUUGGCACUUUACCAACAGGGUUCUGCCCCGUGCAAUCCCCUAUUAGGGGUCCAAUGUAUGGUUACAAAGGCAAAGUGGUUCUUGCAUUUGAGGAGAACGGUUCAUCUAAGAUAGGGGUCAGAUUUGAUCAAUCAAUUCCCGAUGGCAACGAUCUAGGUGGUCUUUGUGAGGAGGAUCAUGGCUUCUUUUGUGCUGCGGAUUUGCUUCGCCUUGAUAGCUACGGUGUAGAUGACAUCGAAAAAUUUGCCAUUAAUGAACUUUUUGAGGUUGUAUCCAAUGAAAGUAAAAAUGGUCCACUGAUCGUGUUUAUUAAAGACACAGAGAAGUCAAUGGUCGGAAAUUCUGAGACAUGUACAUCCUUGAAGGUCAAACUUGAUAGCUUCCCAGAGAAUGUUGUUGUUAUAGCAUCACAUACUCAGCCCGACAACCAAAAAGAGAAGUCUCAUCCAGGUGGGCUACUCUUUACAAAGCUUGGUAGCAACCAAACAGCAUUACUUGAUCUUGCUUUACCGGACUUUGGGAGAUUGCAUGAAAAAAGCAAAGAGACGUCAAAGACUAUGAAACAGCUCACUCGUUUAUUCCCAAAUAAAGUGGCAAUUCAGAUCCCUCAAGAUGAAAAACUUCUGCUGGACUGGAAGCAACAGUUGGAUCGAGACAUUGAAACUAUGAAAUCACAACUAAACCGUGCUAACAUUUGCAGUGUUCUGAACCGCAUAGGGCUUGAGUGUUCUGAUCUCGAGACCUUACACAUUAAAGAUCAAGCCCUAACUACUGAAGAGGUGGAGAAAAUCAUUGGCUGGGCGCUGAGCCAUCACUUCAUGAACCUGAAAUCUCCUGAAUCUUCUGCAAAAAAUGCUAAACUGGUGGUCUCCAGUGAAAGCUUAAGAUAUGGGCUAGGCAUUUUGCAGGGAAUUCAAGAUGACUCUAAAAGUUCCAGAAACUCUCUCAAGGAUGUUGUUACAGAGAACGAAUUUGAGAAACGCCUACUUGCAGAUGUCAUUCCAUCCAAUGAUAUUGGAGUUACUUUUGAUGACAUUGGGGCUCUUGAAAAUGUGAAGGAUACUCUGAAAGAGUUGGUGAUGUUGCCUCUCCAAAGACCAGAACUGUUUUGUAAAGGACAACUUACCAAACCUUGCAAGGGGAUAUUACUUUUUGGCCCCCCAGGUACCGGUAAAACAAUGCUAGCGAAAGCUGUUGCAACAGAUGCGGGUGCAAACUUUAUUAACAUAUCAAUGUCAAGCAUUACCUCAAAGUGGUUUGGUGAGGGCGAGAAAUACGUCAAAGCAGUUUUUACUUUAGCUAGUAAAAUUGCUCCUAGCGUUGUUUUUGUGGAUGAGGUUGACAGCAUGUUAGGACGGCGAGAAAAUCCCGGAGAACAUGAAGCUAUGCGCAAAAUGAAGAAUGAAUUCAUGAUGAAUUGGGAUGGUUUGCGUACAAAGGAUACUGAACGAGUCAUUGUACUAGCUGCAACAAAUAGACCCUUUGAUCUUGAUGAUGCAGUUAUUAGGAGGUUACCUAGAAGGCUGAUGGUCAACUUGCCAGAUGCUCUGAACAGGGAAAAGAUUUUAAGAGUGAUAUUGGCCAAGGAAGAACUAGCACCUAAUUUUGAUUUUGAAGCAAUUGCCAAUAUGACCGAAGGAUAUUCAGGGAGUGAUUUGAAGAAUUUGUGUGUUACUGCCGCGCACUGCCCCAUAAGGGAAAUUCUGAAAAAAGAAAAGGAGGAGAAGGCCUUGGCUAUGGCAGAGAAUAGACCAUUACCUACAUUGCACAACAGUUCUCAUAUCCGCGCCCUUAGCAUGGAUGACUUCAAAUAUGCGCACCAACAGGUGUGCGCGAGUGUGUCAUCGGAAUCAACGAAUAUGAACGAGCUCGUGCAGUGGAAUGAACUAUACGGAGAAGGCGGAUCGAGGAAAACAAAGGCUCUAAGUUACUUCAUGUAGAGGGGAGAGUGAGAGAGAGAGUGAGAAAGACAAAAAAGUGUAUAGCAGCAACAUCAGCAACAGCAAAAGCCCUUGUUGUAGAGUCCAUUUUUUAAUAUAGGGGGGCAAUAGUCAGAUGUUUCCUCCCAGAUAUUGGGAGUGUGGGCAACCAUGCUAGGGGCACACCACCCCUCACUCCAUCUUUCACCCCACUUUCUGACACCACCACAACAGAAGCUUGUCAAUGGGAGGAGAGAUGUGUGUUACUACUACUACUACUACUGUACAAUGUGAGAAAAUUAAGUUUUAAAAGUGGGGUGAGAGUUGGAGUGACUUUAGCAUUUUCCAUGCCAUCUUAGGUCUGCCUUGCAUUUUUCUUUUCUUGUUUUUAGAGAGAUUCUGAAUUUCUUCAGCUACAUGUGUAUCAUAUUUUAAUUUUUUAUUCUAAAUUAUUAAAAUAUUGAUAAUAAU